UUGUAGGAACAGCAUUUGAGAUGAGUGCAGUGGAGAAGAUUGAGGAGCAGCUUGCUAGUCUGCGCAUAGCAAAACGUUCCAUGCCAAGCGAGGAACCUGCUUACUUACUGGAUAUAGAUGUUUCCAGAUCUGCUCGGUCUGAAAGCAGUCGCUUCGUGGCAGUUUCGUGUUCCAGUAAGUCAAUUAGGGUGUAUAACAGGGAAACAUUAAACUUCCUGCGGGAGUACAGUAGCCAUCCUGGGACACUUAAUGGAGUCAGAUUUGCACACGCGUGUGACAGCGUAGUGUUUUCAGCGUGCAGUGAUGGUACAGUGAAAUGUUGGGAUGUUCGCUCAGCAACUCAGAGAGCUGUGCAGGUAUUUAGUGGCUAUCCUUCCAACGUCUUCAUCAGUUUUGAUAUCAACUCUAGUGACCUCAUAAUUUGUGCUGGAACAGAAAAAGUUGAUAAGGACACAUUUCUGGUGUUUUGGGAUGCAAGAGGCAUUACAAACUGUGCCAGCACAACUAAAGAACCCUUGGGAGUCUAUUCUGAAAGUCACAAUGACGAUGUCACUAAAAUUUGUUUUCAUCCUAUCGAACCCAAUUUGGUAGCAUCUGGGUCAACUGAUGGGCUGGUGAAUGUGUUUGACAUCAACAAGGAUAACGAAGAUGAUGCUUUGAUAUCAACUUGCAAUUCAGAUUCAUCAGUAAGUUUUAUUGGCUGGUCUGGGAAAGAUUAUGAACAGGUCUACUGCAUGACACACGAUGAGGGAUUUUGUUGGUGGGACAUUGCUCAGUUGGAGACGGAAGAACCAAUAACGCUGUCACAUGUUGUGGAUGUCAGAGACGCAGUCUGCGUUGCAAACGACACCUUACGUUACCUGGUAGGUGGCUUCUAUCACGAAAAAGCAGACAAGCUCUUUCUGAUUGGGGGAACGUCCACAGGAAACAUCCACCUCAUGAGCUGUGGCACCAGUGGGCUGAGCCUGGUGGGUACCCUUUGCGGGGGACACUCCGCUGCUGUUCGUUCCUUCUGCUGGAACCUGACAGACCAGUCUCUGUUGACGGGUGGAGAGGAUGCUCAGCUGUUGCUAUGGAAACCCGGAGCUGUGGAAAGGUCCCUUGCAAAGAAAGCGUCUAUGAAGAUUGCUUCUUCCGUGCAGAAGAGAGUAAGAGUUCACGACAGCUCCCUCAAAAGCAGGAAGAAGUAA